AUGGAGCCUGGCCAGAGCGGUACUGAGCAGACCUCUCCACGCGGGAAUGACUGGGAAGUCGUGCAACUGACUGCAUCAGCAUACGCGGCCGCGCCUGCUCCGAGGAGACCUGAACCUUCUGAGGAAGCCGAAGCUAAGAAAUAUGGCACGAAAGGGGAUGAUUUGGCCGCUGGGCUACUGAUGUCUGGCCACUUCUCGGUGUCUCAGAGUGAAGUCGAGAGCCUCCUUGUAGGCGCUGACAGCAAAGAACCUCCCAAGGAGCUUGGCAGCCCAGAUGCAGUUUCCAAUGAGGGUGAUGAUGAGAAAUACCAAGAGACCUGCAAGCAUAAGCUGGAGGAUGACGUCCCCAGCAUUCCAUCCUUUGACAAAGGGAAGGAUGUUUCCUUGGGUGAUAUGGCGUUUGAUGAUGACAAGGCAUUGAAAGGCGUGGGCUUGGUCGGGGAAGAACCGGUUGGGUUCUCGUCGCCUAUUUACAGCUCAAUUGAGGCUGAAAAUGAGUUAAGUUGGUCAGCUACAGAGAGUAGGAAUGAGAAGAAAACUGAGGAGCCUACUCUGCAUAACUUGAACCCCAUAACCGGUUCAUCAAAGGUUGUUCCAUCUGAUGAGCAGAGUGAACCUGCUGGUUCAGGCCCACGUGAAGCAUGGUGGAAGAAGCAGCUUUUGUCCCUGUACAAGAAUGCAAAGGAAAGUAAUAAUUUCUGGCCUAUUGUCGCGACCGCUGCUGCUUUGGUGGGCCUGGCAUAUUUGGGGCGGCGCUGGCAUAAGGGCAAGCUGCAGUUUCAGUCGGUCAAAAUACCACCUUCUAGCAACAAGGAGAAAAUCAAUGAUGCGGUUGGACCAUUAAACCGUAUAAAGGAUAUUCUUGUUGCUGGCAACCAUCCAAGUCAUGGUUCCUCGUCUCCGGCGCGCAGUGCAAAGCGGAUCGAUCUCAGCUCAGCACGGACCUUACGACUUGACACCCAAGGUCUGGUUCAGUCCCUGGACUGGGAAGAAUCGUGCUUGCUCCUUGCCACCGCAAUCAUGCAGAGCGGGGGCGAGAUGAGGCCUGUGCACAACAGCGUUGAUACAGUGAACACUGCUGCUGUUGCCAUCGUCACCGCGGAGAGCCGCACACAGCCUCCUGCAGAACCGAGAAGGAAAUGGGCUGAUCGGUUGAGCGUGUACUUCUGCUUUGGAUCCGAGAAGAAUGGCCGGCACAUGCGCGUCAACCAUGCUGCACUUGUCCCAGAACCUGCACCUCAAAGGACAGAUGCACCUGUAGCACAAAUUCCAAACCACCCACCGCCUCCUGUGUUCCCCUUUGUGGCACCUCCAUCCUCUCCUGCUUCUUUCCUUCAAUCAGAACCCACAUCAAUCGUACAGUCACCAAGGGUUGGAGCUCCACCUUUUUCGCCCCCCUCACCGAAUUCCCAAUCCCCCGUGGGGACACCAUCCAUCUUUGCUAUUGGGCCAUAUGCACAUGAGACACAACUAGUCUCACCUCCAGUGUUCUCGGCCUUCACAACUGAACCAUCAACUGCCCCUUUCACUCCUCCUCCAGAGUCUAUUCAUCUGACGACCCCUUCCUCUCCGGAGGUUCCAUAUGCAAAGCUUCUGACUUCGAUCAACAACAGCAAGAAUGGUGAAACUGGUGAUCUUCAGUCGUAUCCAAACUACCCAGACAGCCCAAUUGGGCGCCUGAUAUCUCCAAGCUCAGGUUGUUCUGGCACUUCCUCCCCAUUCCCUGACCCUGAGAUGCUGGCUUCCUCACGCAGCACUUUACACUCAUUCCCAGUUCGUGAGCCACCUAAGAUAUUGGAUGGUGAGGGCGUUGCAACACAGAAGUUGAUACCCCGCCAUAUGCGCAACGGUGGGUCCCUCUUGGAUGGCCACAUCACAGCAGCUGUACCAGUUGUUGACUUCUCUGCCCGACUUCAACCCAAUGAGCAUGCUAUGGAUCAUCGGGUGUCAUUUGAGCUGACCGUUGAAGAUGUUGCGCGCUGCCUAGAGAAGAAGACUGCAAUUCCUGGGGAUUCUGGCACGGCAUCUUUCCACCUUGCACCCACCAGCAACGGUGAUCACCACAGAGAAUCAAACGAGGCAAGGGCAGGGCUAUACGUCGACGAAACAUACCAUGACUUGCCUGAGAAAGCAAGGCGGUCCCUGUCCCUACGCCUGGCCAAAGAAUUCAACUUCAACAACGUCGAUGCUGCUAACGUGGAGCCAAGCGUGGGAUCUGACUGGUGGGCGAAUGAGAAAGUUGCUGGGAUGACAUCUGAGCCAAAAAAGAACUGGUCCUUCCACCCGGUGGCGCAGCCUGGGGUCAGCUAA